UUUCACACACACACACGCACAAUUCCAAACAUGGUGUCUCAGGCUCCACCUCGUCCUCCACUCACCCCACUUUCUACCAUCCCCCUUUUCCCUCCUCCCCUCUUUGCUGUUGUGAAACACUGUAAAAUCUACGCACCUCACCCGCAGACAGUCGAAGAAAUGGACACAAAUGCAGGUAUGGAGGGCACACAGACGAUUGAUAAGCCAAGCACACAAACUGCCGGUGGCUCUAAACCCCUGCACCGCUUCCUCAGAGGAGAGCCAAAAACAGUUGGGAUUGUCCUGUUGUUCCUCGGCUUGUGUCUGUUCAUGUUUGGGAUUCCUCUAAAAGGGGACAAUUUGGAAACAUCAGCAGAAAGCUAUAGCCCCUUUUGGCUGGGCAUCUUGUACUUUAUUUGUGGUAUUCUCUACAUACAGUCAGAACGCAACACCACGAAAAAGAUUGUCACAAUUAGUCUUGCUUUUAGUAUCAUCGCAAUACUGGGGACUAUAGUUGCUGUAAUAAUUUUCAUCAAAUCUUUAGCCUCAUACUCUCAUUAUAUGUAUCGAUUUUACGACAAUGACACAGACGUGGCCGUGGAACAUUAUAUGCAGCUCUACAGCAUGGAAGCCGUGUUCCUAUUCCACAGCUUGGUGGCAGGAGUGAUCCUCAUCUCCAUGUCUGUGUUCGCUCGUCUGGCACUGCACUCGAGUAAUACACAGAUGUUUGUGGUCAUGCGUUAUCCACCGUCAGCAGAGUGAAGCCUCUUUAGAGAAACCUUGGGUGAACUCCAAACGCUAGUCUUCCAUACGUAUCUCUUAUUAGAAUUCAUUCUAUCAAGUAGCUGUCAGCAUGAGCAGGUUAUUUGUGACAGUGUAAACAGGGACCAAACUGAAAGUGGUUCAGUUGUUACUCAGAGACAUUCAGGCCGCGGUAUAUCAUUGCUAGAUAUAAUAACUGUGAAAAACUCUUGUUAGAAUGGAUUCUCUAUGUUCUAGCGUUUGCAAUGCCGAAGAUGGAAACUCAUAUAUUACCAUUCUGUACUUUUUGGCAUAAAAAUAAAAGAACGCAUGAAAUGUGAGACAUUUCACUAUAUAACUUACACAUAAACACUGUACUAAUUCACAUAUGGAAGUGUGUAUUGCCAAAUAAUCUUUUGUAUGAAAUGAACCUAACAAAACUAUGAAGUUUGUUGUACACAGCCAAUAAGUAUAAUAAAUGCAUUUUUGUAUAUUCUA